UCACACACUGCCACCAGACACUAGCUUAGAAAGGUUCUUACGUGUUCUAUUUGAUACUGCAGAUCAUAUUGUUGUUCGAUAUUUCUUUAGAAGAUAACAAAAAUAGCACAACAUCUCAAGACACGUUUCUUAAUUAAUAAGUCUUUGACAUCACCAAAGGAAAAAAAAUGUCUGGAUUUUUCAAGAUGCUGAAAAAAAAGAAAGAACUCAUUCCUCUUAUUGGAAUUAUGACGUUUGCUGCAACAGGAGCCACCUCUGCUGGUAUUUAUUUCUUGGCAACAAAACCAGACGUAAUUCUUUUUAAGUCCAAAAAUCCAGAACCCUGGGAAACCCUAGAUCCCUCCAAACCUCAGAAGCUUUUAACUAUCAACCAACAGUGGAAACCAGUGGAGGAAGUACAGAUUGUGAAAGGCUUGAUGAAGUGAAGCCCUGCUGUCCAUCCAUCCAUCAGUUUAAACAUUCAUCCCCCCCCCCCCCCCCCUUGCUGGGUUUCUGAGCGUCACACCCUCUGCCUGCACCCUGUCAAUCUAACGGAAUCAUUUCUGCACAGACUAGACUCAUUGAAAAACCAGUGUGCGGAAAUGCUUCUGCUACUUUGGUAGGGUUUGAUCACGAACAGGUCUGUCCGCCUCAUAGGGUCUGAAACUCGAGGACUAACAUCAAAAGCAAUCGCCGCACAGCUGGGAAGACAGGAGGUUAGCUGCACAUAAAACGGUAUUCAUCGUUUGUCAUUGUGUUAAAAUGUGAAGUAUCAUGUUUAUUGUGUAUAUAUUGGUUUCAAAUAAACAAUAAUAUUUGAAACUCUUA